AUGCCAUGGAUGAUCGUCUUUAAGCUGAUCAAGAUGUUCAAGCCCGAGUACAUUCAGGGUGUUGGCAUGGUCGUUUUGCAAAUAUUGCGCGUAUUUACCGUCAUUACUCUGGCCGCCAUGUGUGCCUCCUACUGGGUUUUCAUCGUCAAGGUGGACAAGCAGCGUGCAUACUUUGUCUUUGAAUGCACGUCACUCUUCUUCACAUCACUGCUCCCCAUCGUCCUCAUCGUCUCCGAGUUUCCCCUUGUCAGAUUUGUCCGGCGAUACUUCAGAGAAGCUUGGCCGAUGUUGUCCGACAGCUACGGCCUCGCAUGGCUGGGAUUCUCCAUGGUCUUGCUAAGUUGCAACAUGUUUGGCAACCUCAACAAACCAGCGAAUGACGCAGACAAGCUGGGACCGCACUUCUCCAAGCUUGUGCUCGCAUCUGCCAUCCUGGGAUUCACCUUUGGCGUCCUGAACCUGGUCUGCUCUUUCGUGUGGAGCGACGCCAAAGAGGGCAUCAACUCGCGCGACAUUCGCGCCAACGGAACGCUGGCGAACAACCGUCGACAGUCUCUGCCAGACUACUCGUCGACCACACGGUCCAACUCGUUCAAGGAGCUUAGAGACGAGAAGAAGAGAAGCAAGAUGCUGUCUGGAUUCUUCAGCAAGGGCAAAGGAACUGGUGAGAAGACAUUCAACCGUCCCAUCAUUAGCGCACCUAUCCAGGCUCACCAAGAUGUUGAGCGCGACGCUGGCCGUGUUGAUCGAGGAAGCCCAAUCGCCCCGAACGUGCAGCGGCCGCCCACUGCCUUGCACCCGGCAAACAGCCGCCGAAGCAGCGAGUAUUCAGUGGCGGACAUGAAUCGCUUCUGA